UGUUCCUCAUCUGUAAAUUUAUUUAUGAAGAAUAUCUGACAGGGACUAAACAAGCCUAGGUGGCUCUAAUGAUGCAACUCUCAGAAUCUGAGCGUGAGGCCAUCUGUGUGCCAGGGUGGGUGCGUGUAUGUGGCAAAGGACAUAAGAGCUGAGGGUCAGUGGUGACCCCUCCCACGCAGAGGACCCCCCCCCCUUGCUCUCUGCGUGCGUGUGUGACAAGACUUAAAGCUGGACAUAUACCUCACGCGUUCUUUUAAAAGCAGACGUCAUCUCGGGGUAAGAAUCACAGCUCUCCAGAAUUUCGACUCACUUUUGUUACAAAUCCAGCUGUAUUUCCAAACUUGAUAAUUUUCUUUAAACAAGUAUUAUUUUGAAUCAUGUCCGACUUUACAGGAAGACCUGCAGCUAUAAGUUCUCAGGUUCUGUCCACGUUGUUCGAUCGGGCAGUCUCAGAAGAUCCAAACAUUGUCUUAGAGUCGGAAUUUAUAAGCGAUCUUGCCAAUACUCAGGAGACAUACCAGAACCACACAGCAUUAAACAAUACAAUUGAUAACCGGGAGAAUCCUAGGAAGAACCGCUUGUCAUUGAAUAAAAAAAGAACUGACUCUGAAGCUAUCAGAUCAUCACAGCUGGUGAAUACGGCUCUGACACCAUCCGGUUCUGUUCAGACAGGAGUACACAGCAUAACCCGUGAUGAAGACGUAAUUCUCAUCUCGUCUGAAUCGGAAGACGAACCUGUGGCAGACCUGCCUUCAGGGCAGAGAUUUGAUUUCAUCUCCGUCACGCCUCCUCCCACACCACGGCAGGCUGCCAGGGCAAGGCCAGACAUCGAACAGAGAGCAGAACCAGAACCUGAAGCGGAACCGGAACCAGAACCUGAAGCGGAACCGGAACCAGAAGCGCUACCUGAGAGGCCUACUAAUUCUCACCACCCAUCUUCCGGACUCAGGGGCUGGGAGAGGAAGAGGAGAGCACAUAAUCUCCAAUUCAGAACCGUUUUAUUAGAUGGAUUGAUUACAGAAUCUUUCAUGCUGCUGGACAGACCUCCUACGGACAGAGGACGACGACGACAAGCUCUGGCUCGCAACCGAGAACAAGUUAAAAUCCUGCUACAAGCCAGCAGAACAGUGUUGCAUAAUCUUUCCUCCGAUGCAAAGGUGAUUGUGAAAUGAAUCAUGUAUGAUUUGUCUCUUAUAACUCAGUAAAGAAUGGAAGACCAACAAGCUAGAGUUGAAUCAUCUCAAUCAGAUUAUUCCCAACAAAUUUCUAAUUCCAUCCAAACUCUGCAAACACUUGCAUUAGCAUUGAAUACUGGGGGAAAUGACUUUUCACAGAGCCCUGCUCUUAGCCCUGCUAGAUCACCAAUCUCUGAUAUUUUAAACGCAUCUGAAGUCUCAGACUAUUUAAGACAAAUUAACGAUGCAGUCCGCGGUUUAAAUGACUACAUAUCUCCGCAAAACUCACCGGCUGCCUCAUCUGUGUUGGAUGAAACUUUUCAAAAUACAGAAUCUCAAUCAGAUUAUUCCCAACAAAUUAUUAAUUCCAUCCAGAUUCUACAAACAAUCGCUUCAGCUUUGAAUACCGGGGAAAAUAACUUUUCACAGAGCCCUGCUCUUAGCCCUGCUAGAUCACCAAUCUCUGAUAUUUUAAACGCAUCUGAAGUCUCAGACUAUUUCAGACAAAUUAACGAUGCAGUCCGUGGUUUAAAUGACUACAUAUCUCCGCAAAACUCACCCGUUGGUUCACCGGCUACUUCGUCUAGCAUUUCAUUAGAUGAAGGUUUUCAAAAUACAGAAUGUGUGUUACCAUCUGAAACAGUUUCUGCAGCAAAUGAUCAAGCACGGUAGCAACAGCAGCGAGGAGGUAAUCUAGAUCAAAAUCAGAGAAUUGAACGUCAGCGUUUCAAUAACAUUGAAAUAAGGAGAUCGUUAUCAAUCGGGCCUCCAACCCAAGCUGUACCUGACAUUGCUGAAUUCUACACCGCAGUUAUGAAUGUUUUAACUGAUCUGGCAAUUGAUGCAAGAUCAAUAGCUGAACGUAAUGACUUUGUACAGUUAGAAUUAGUGUGGGGUGAUAUUUCUCAUCACAUAAAUAUCUCUGUUACUGAUAACGACGCAAUCCUGCCUGCAUUUGAAGAAUUUUUAGAUGAGCUCGUUCAAUCUAAUGCAGAGCUGCCCUCAGAAAGUAAUUUGGAGCUGAUUCUUCAGAUAGUCAAGAAUCCUACAGGAGGUUCAAAACGCAAGGCUGAAAGAACAUUGGAAUGUGAAUUGAUUAAUAAGAAGAGGCGUCACCUGUAUAUUGUAGAAAAUACAGGAAAUAAAUUGUGUUUUGCUACCAGCCUGGCACA